GCGCCGAAAGCUCCACUGAGGCAGCAUCUGCAGCCGUGCUCUCCGGUCCCUGAGCGAGAAACUGUCGUGAUGGCCACCCAGUCUUCCUGUGAGAAGCAGAAGCCACAGCAGGGCCCUGCUCAAGGCCGCCGCCGUGCUUCUGCGCCAGACCCUGCUCAACGCCGCGGCCGUGCUUCUGCACCAGACCCUGCUCAAGGCCGCCGCCGUGCUUCUGCGCCAGACCCUGCUCGACGCCGCGGCCGUGCUUCUGCGCCAGACCCUGCUCGACGCCGUGGCCGUGCUUCUGCGCCAGACCCUGCUCAACGCCGCGGCCGUGCUUCUGCGCCAGACCCUGCACAACGCCGCCGCCGUGCUUCCAGUCCGGGCGCUGCUCAACACCGCCGCCGUGCUUCUGCGCCAGAUCGUGCUCAAGGUCGCCGCCGUGCUUCCAGUCCGAGCCCUGCCCAACGCCGCCGCCGUGCUUCCAGUCCGGGCUCUGCUCAACGCCGCCGCCGCCGCCGUGCUUCUGCAUCAGGCCCUGCUCAGCGCCGCCGUCGUGCUCCCGCGCCAGGCCCUGCGCUCAACAAUCACGCCAACCCGCCAGGCCCUGCCCUCCGAAUCCGCGCAUCCGGGCCAAGCCCUGCCCUCCGAAGGAGCAGCGCUAAUCCAGGCUUUGUCCUCCGGAGCCGCGCUAAUCCAGGCUUUGUCCUCCGGAGCCGCGCCACCCAGCGAAGGUCUGCGUCUAGCAGCCGCUCCUCUCGGCGCGGGCCUGCUGGCCAGAGCCCUUCAUCCCCUGCUUUUGCCUUAGGAAGGCUUGUCUUCCAGAGCAGCUCAAGCUCUCCUGAUUCUGAGGUCUCAAGCUUUGCUUCCCAGCAGGGUUGGCAUGCAGUCCGUAUGCGUGCUUCCUCACCCUCACCUCCCGGUAGGUUGCGUCCUUUCCCUCAGCCUUAUGGUGAGAAUUUCUCCUCCUCUUCAUCCUCCUCUUCCUCCUCUUCCUCUCUCUUACCCCGUGAGUCUUCUGACCAGAGGCCCUCCUCCUCCCCCUCUAAUUUUUCUAGCCAGAGUUCCUCCUCCUCUUCUCAGUUUCCUGGCCUGGGCUCCAUCUCCACUCCUAGCCCUGCUACCCUUAGGCGCAUCUUGCUGCCAGAGUUUGAAGUGCUGAGCCCUGUCUCUUCAGAAGAGACAGCUGAAAUGGGGAGCACUCCUCCCUCUUCUCCACCUCCUGUGCUGUGAUUCUCCAUGAGCAUCCUCACAAGGCCCCCAGAAGUAAUCACCAUCCACCCACUGCCCUGAAUGGGUUGCCUGCUCCGUGGUUACUUGUGAGGUUUACAGGUGUUCUAUCCAACUUAACCAACUUGAGUGGUUUUGAAGUUGUUGUUUGGAGAGGCAGUUUUGAAGCCUCUUCUCCCCCACAAUGGCACUACCUAGCACUUAUUUGCUGUUGGCACUUGAUUCCAGGCCCCCUUCUCCCCCAAAAGGGGCUGUCUUUGCCCCUAAGCAGAGAUUGCCUUUUCCAAGUUGUUUUUCUAAAAUGAAAUCUUUGAGUGAAUAAAAUUUAAAUGUUGAUUUCA